AUGGAUCAAGCAAGAAACUCUACGCAAGUACAGUCAUUGAAUGAGAUGGAAGAGGGUAGCAAGACGCAUGGCUCGACUAGAGUGCAGAGAUCGUGGAGGGAAUAUCCCGACGGCUAUCCACGAUUUGACCGAACUGCCGCACGAAGCCUCCUUUACCUCGAGAACGAACUUGGCGCACUUCAGGCCCGACUCGAUGGCCUAGAAGAAGAAUGCGAUCUCGAUACCCUGACACGCCCAUAUCUCCGAGACUGGGAUGCUCUGAAUAUGGCUGCGGACGGGGGCGAUAAUAAAGCCGCGGAUAUCCGAAACCUGGUACUUCAGAUCAGAAGAAAGGUUCAAGAAUACCACGAAGCGCUCAUACGAUUUGAACAAGCCCUGUCCUUGGCUUCUCCAGAACGCCGAGCACUGAAAGCUACACGUAACGUCUUUGCUAAGGACGAUGGGUGGAGAAACUCACCAGAGGCCAUGAUCACUGAUGGGCUGAGUAAGCACUUGAUUGAGAAUGAGCAGGAUCUCUGCGCUCUGAGAAAGCUUCCUGAACCGGACCGACUUACACGACUGUUCGAAGGCAGACUUGCCUUUCUUUUCCGGGAGAAAGUUAACGGCCGGUAUGUUGACUACGUCAGACACCAAUCUGUUGAAAGAGUGGUAAGCGCAAUAAGCUCCAUCCUGGCAGCAAUCUUCUUGAUCGGCGCAGUUCUCGGGCUCUACUUUGUCGAGUCCCAGCAUGCUCGGCUCGGAAUGCUGUGCGGAUUCACACUAGCCUUUGCCGGAUCGCUGGCGCUGCUCACAAACGCAAGACGACAGGAAGUCUUUGCUACAACGGCUGCCUACGCCGCUGUUCUUGUGGUCUUUCUAAGCGGCGACUUUGCUCAGAAUACAGCUACUUCUGCUGCAUCACCCACGGCAACUGCUGCGAUCACUGUGACCUCCACCAUCUUCACAUCCGCUACGGUACAAUGA